AUGUCGCGAACGACCAGUGCUGGACCUUCAAGAGGUACCACUCCCAUACCAUCCACUUACGCUCCAUCAAGCUUCACACCAUUACCCCGAUCGUUAUUAGCAGGAACUGGAAUCAGAUUUUCACCCACUCCACCUCCUGAAGCUGGACCUAGCAGAUCAACACCACCAAGGGCGAACGAAAUCGAACCUGGAGAGAUCAAAGAGAAUGUAGUAGGAGCAGAUAUAUUCAUUGAUGAGAUACCUCAGAUAUCACCCUCUUUACCCGGUACUUCCAAUGCUCAAGAAGAUCCAGCGCUUUCGUCAAGCGAUCACUUUCAACCACCUGGAUUAUUCAGUACAAGCAUGAUGCCUUCUCUUAGCACCAGCAAGAAAGGUGUGAAUGCGGAAUUGCAGAAACCGAAUGAUGUCAAUUCGAAGAGUAAAGGGAAAGAAAAAGCGAAAGUGGAGGAUGAGCUAGCGGAAUCUUCCUUGUUGCUACCUUCGCAUGUACUGGUAGACUCAACAUCACCGUCGAAGAUGCAGACCGAUCAGGGGGAUGAUGAUAGGGUAGAUCAGGGGGAUAAUGAAGAUAUGAUGGAAGGUUUAUAUUUCGUCGAUGAUGAUAUAAGCAAGGGCUCAAAGAGGUACUUCGAUGCCGAGGAUGAUGGACCAAAAGAGGUAGAAGCUACUUUCCUAGCUACGGCGGAUCAGAGUAAGAUCUGUCAGAACUGUAAGCGGCCAGGACAUAGGAGUAAAGAUUGUAAACACAUAAUAUGUACCACAUGUGGAGCGGAGGAUGCGCACGAACGGAGAGAUUGUCCAGUUGGUCUGGUAUGUUUCGGUUGUGGUGGACGUGGCCAUAGGAAGCAAGAUUGUCCCGACCCCGUAUCUAGAUCUUCGAGGAGGACGGGAUGCGAUAGGUGUGGAAGUAGGGAUCAUACGGAAAAUACCUGCCAUACUCUAUGGAGAGUUUAUUCCUAUUUAUCCACCGAUGCUAGAGCCGACAUCAUCCGAGAUAAGAUGAGUGCUGAGGGCUGGGAGAAAGAAGCGAUAGGCGGUAGAGCCUCUGAGGAGUGGUGUUACAAUUGUGCCAGGGAGGGCCAUCUAGGUGAUGACUGCUCAAAACGUCGUGGCUCCCUAGCCCGUCUCACCGUCCCCUCAGCAUUCUCGCAUGAGAUGUCCUCUCGCGGACCAUUUUUUACCACGUCUUCAAGACGCAAUGCAGAUUUGCCUCCACCUACACAUUCCAGGUUUGACGACGACGGAGAUCAAGAUGAUUAUGAUAAUUUACCAUUCAUCUCUGGAGGAUAUAAGAAUUUCGGAGGUUCAAGUGCAGGUAGGAAAACGAGGGAGAAAGAGAAAGCUAGACAGAUGCAAAUAGACAGAGAAAGACACUUUGGUGGUGGCGGUGGGUCGGAUGAUGAACCUUCAUGGUUUGAUCAGUCUAGAAAUUUCAGAGGUGGAGGUGGGCUGAAUAUCAGAAGUAGAGGAGGAGCAUAUUCUACACCUAACAAUAGGGAUAGGGGUAGAAGACCUUGGGAUUCAGAGUAUCGUGAAAGAGAAAGAGAUCCACGUCAUUCUAGUCAUGGUCAAAGGAAUAGAUCAAGAUCACCGCCACCUCGACCACCUUCUAAUAGGAAACCGAAUGAUACUAGCAAUAGCAAUAACAAUAGGAAUGGGACGAUGCCUUUCUCACAUGGGCAUCUAAUGGAUCAGAACGGAAACGGAAGUAGUGUACCUUCCUCGGCACCUGCUAAAGUCAUUUCAUUUGGGAAAUUAUCGGAACCUGGUACCAGAAAUAACAAUGGUGCCAAGGAAUUGAUCAAUCGUGCGUUGGGUGGUGGAGGUGGUUUUCAGUCGACACCAACUGGGAAGAACCGCAAGGGUAAUGGAAGUGGAAAUGGAAGUUCAUUGAUAAAGACCCCUGUCGUUGAAAUUCCUACACCAGGUUCAUCAUCGAGAUCAGGAAGAAAGCGAAAAGCCAAAGGGGGAGGAUCGGGAUCAGAGAAAGAUUGGGAAAGUGAAUGGCGAAGUAAUGGGAAUGGAGGAGGUAAAGUUGAUAAUUGGGGUAAAGAACUAGACCAAGUCAGAAAAGCUGAAAAUGGUGGAAUCAAAAUAAAGGGAAAGAGUGGAGAGAUGAAUGCUGCGUUGGGUGGGAGACAUAACGUAUCUCUACCGGCUAGACCUGCUACGCCCAAUACUGGUGGGAAAGGGAAAGGGAAGAGUAAAAGUAAAAACAAGGGAAAGGGGGACGAAGGUGGGAAAGGUCAAGGUGCUAGAGCAGGAGGGACUGGACAGAGAUAUCAUGGUGGAUAUGAUUAA